GACCCAAUUUCCCCCUCUUUUCCUGAUUUCUCGCUCGCAGUCGCCGACGCCGUGAUCUCUGCUCUGCAGUCUGCUCCUCUGAUUUUUCCGAUUAUCCAAUACCCAUCUCAAUCCAACCUCUUUUAUUUUUUUAUUCCCCCAUGCAUUGCACCUUUAGUUUGUCUUUUAACAUAAACAAAAUCUCUUCUUAGUUCUUACAAACCAUGAUCGGAAAGAUUUUUCACUCUUUUGAGUUGGGUCGGAUAGGCGUGGACUUGUCCUGUUCAGUUCUGCUCUGGAAAUCUGACUUGACCUGUUCUGUUCCGGAGAGGAAACAGAGGAGGGGAGGGGGGUUUCUGGGUUCUUCGAAAAUGACCCAUCAGAUGGACGCGUGGCGACCCUGGAAUGGUGGUUGCCGUAAAUAGACCAGCACGCGAGCGGCUGUAGUCAACAGCAGCAGUCAGUCAGCGUAAGAGGGAACGGUGACUGAGUCCCGAGAUUCUUUCUUCUCCUCUUGUCUCUAUCACUUCCCAGUGUGAUUCUUUUGGCCCGGUCUGGUUUCAGUAUUCCGACACCCGUUUUCAGUUCUUUUGACUGUCCUAUGUACCAGAUAUAGUGUACUGUUUUUGUUUUUCUCAUGGGUCCUCAUUUAUGCUUUCAUUAAGAUGUUUCCGUGUUCUGUCCCU